AUGCGGACCAUGAUUACCUUGCUGAUAAUCCUCCCUCUGCUGACAGGUGUGUGUGCGGAGCAGGUUUUUGUCAGAGAUGGAGGUCUGGUUGUCCUGAAGUGUCCCAAAGGCAGAAGGAUGACGACUUCACCGUCCUGGACCAGCUACACACCUCAAAAGAGGAUUUUAAUGAGUGAAACAAACACAGCAGCACCUCUCCUGCUUCACCAGAGGAGCCUGGUGUUACUGAGGGUCUCUCCAAACCAGCAGGGGAAUUACUCCUGCUCUGUGGGGAACAACACUUUCUGGCACCAGUUGGUCGUCUUGACUGCAGAGUCACAUGCUCACCACACGGGGGCGCAGUACACCGCCACCUGCUACAGUGGAGAGAGAUGCACUCUGCGCUGUCCCGUCUCCAACUGCCCCGGAUCAGACAUACCCCACCUCAAGCGCCACGGCAUUACGUGGACAAAGGGCGGACAAACACAGGUUAAAGAGGUUUUGUCCUUUUCAAAAGUUGAGGAAGCAGACGAAGGCACUUACACUUGCUCUCGCUUCUAUGGCUACAAAGACCAGACUUACAACAGGACCGUCACCUACAGACUCGAUGUCAAACCUCAAGAAACACCAACAGUUGUUGAGAUCCUUACACCACGUCACAGAGAGGUUUUUGAAAUCAAACUAGGAUCUGUGUAUGUGGUGAACUGCACAGCCACUUUGUCCUCGGACUUUGAUGAGGUUUUUUGGAUGAGCCAAAAGUCGUCAGUGAAGAGUGAUCCAAACCUGAGAAUGCACUCCAGAUCAGCAGUAUUCCAAAACACCAAAGGGACGUACAUGACAACCGCGCUGGUCUUCACAGAGGUCACAGAAGAGGAUUUAUCCAAAGAGUUCACCUGCAAACUGGAAUCUGUGUCGGCUCCAUCCAGCUCAGUCACAGUCUCUCUGCAGCAGAAACAACAAGAAGCCGCACAUAUCCGUACUGUCAUUAUUGUGACCACUCUCCUGGCGACUGCUGCAGCUGCACUGACCGGAGCAAUGCUUAAAAGUCUCCUAAACUGUGACAUGAUGCUGAAUGUUCUGCUCUUUCUCACUGCGUCCAUUGGGGUGAGUGCAGAAAGGAUUUGUGUGAGAUCUGGUGAGAUGGUGGCGCUGCAGUGUCCCAGGCGCAGUGUGAUGCAGAGAGGUCCUGACCAGAGCGAGAACACCACACUGCUCACUGACCGGGAGCUGGUUCUACUCAACGCUUCAGAGCAUCAGCAGGGAAACUACUCCUGCAUCGGAGCACAUAACAAGACAUAUGACUUGACGGUCUACACUUCUCCGACUGGUGAUUGUGAGAAGUUCUCUCAGUUCCCCAAGACCUGUUACAGUGGACAGGCCUGCUCUCUCUCCUGCCCUGCCUCCUACACUCCAGCGCGGAGUGUGGAGCUCAUCUUGAAAGGCGUCACAUGGCAAGGGGAAGGGUUAAAAGGAUGGGUCAAAGAGAAGACGCUGGACUUCCCCAGAGUGACAGAGUCUGACGGCGGCGCCUACACCUGCGUCAGGUCCUUUCUGUUUCGUGGUCAAGUCUAUAACAUGACGUUCAAUGUGACGCUGGAUAUUCAGCCUAAAGAAACUAUAAAAAAUGAAGGGAUCAUCUCACCAUCUCCAAAUGAAGUGUUUUCUGCUGAUGUAGGCUCUCCCCUGGUCAUCAACUGCACAGCGAUGAUAUUUUCUAUCCUAAAUGAGGUUUACUGGAAAAUUGACCAAGACAAUGUGAGGGUGCAUUCUUCUGUUACAAAAGAAGACAUGGGUGAAGGUACGAAGAUGACCGCUUCUCUCUUCUUUGAAGAGGUUUCGGAGAAGGAUUUAUCCACAGUUUUCACCUGUAGACUAGAAUCUGUGUCCCAACCAUCCAUCAGUGUUAAUGUCACUUUGGCACAAAAAGAGCGACCGUCGUAUGUAGCUGUGACUGUUACGGCUGUGGUCAUACCUGCUCUUAUGGUGGCGUCUAUUCUGAUCUACAUGAAAUACAAGAUUCAUAUCACGCUCUUUCUCAGAGACGGAUUGGGUUGUCACCGCAGGGUUUCAGAUGAUAAAAGUUUCGAUGCCUUCAUAUUGUACUACUGGAGUGAGCAGGAACCAGGACUCAGUGCAGACCAGAGGAGAACUCUGCAGAAUGUUCUGGAGGAUCGAUUUGGCUACAGCCUCUGCCUUUUCGACCGCGACGUUCUACCUGGAAAAGCUGUGGCAGACGCGCUGUUGGAGUGUGUGGAGCAAAGCCGUGUCGUGCUGCUGGUCCCUUCUUCCCCAGACUUUUGCUCUGAGUCUGCCCUGCUCAGUGCCCUCCAUGAGACCUUGGUGGAGCGUCAAACCCGCCUACUUUUCAUCACAAAUAAAGGCAUAAAGAAAAGUGGAAUAGGGCCUCUGUUGGACACUGUGCAGCUGCUGGCGGAGCUGGGCCAGUGCGUCCCGUGGGCAGGUUCUCUGGAGAACACCUCUUUCUUCUGGAAACAACUGAGAUAUCACCUGCCUCCAAACCCAGAGCAAACCAUCCAUUACAGAGCGAUCAGAGGAGAAGUGUUUAUGAUGCCAUGUGACAGCUGGUCCAGGGUUGGAGACCAGAGAAAGGAAAACCACAGCAGCUCUGCUCUGUUCAAAGCUGAAGCAAGUCUCUCAGGAACAUACACCUGCCUCACAAGUGCUGGCUGGCGGCUCCUCCAUCUGCAGGUUGUAAAUAACACAAUAGGAUGUUCAAGCGCAGAGGAGAGCACGCUCACUCUGGAGAUCGGUGCUGGAGGGAAAAUCACUUGUCCUGGUUACAACUGCAGCAACAGCACCACCACGGUCUGGUACAAGGGAAACAAGAGUGUAUCUAAAACACGAAGACGAGUGUUUUUCAAAGAUGGACACCUUCAGUUGUACGAAGUGAGCAAAUACGACAAUGCUGUGUUCUUCUGUGACCGAGAGCUGCAGGAGCAAGGGGCCAACUGGACCCUCCGACGGUCGGUCAGAGUCAAGGCUUUAAAUAUGGUAAAAUCCCCUCCAAGAAUCCUGCGUCCAGCAAACAACACAACACAAGAGGUGGAGCUGGGUUUGAAUCAUACACUACAAUGUGAGGUGUAUUUUCCUGAAGCAGAUCCACCAGGAGUCCUCCAGUGGUUUAGGAACGACAACGGCCAUUUACAGAACGUGACAAUGGAAAACAUAGAAGUGAACCAAGUUGAAUGGGAGCUUCAGCUCAUUCUGAAAUCUCACUGGACUUUUGAUGAAAAAGAUUUAGGCCAUAAAGACUUUGACGUGCUUUUGUCGUACGUUUCCAUGGAGCUUUCCUCUCCUUUGAGACGCAACAAUGACAAUGAUGCAUUUCCAUUCAGUCUGGAGCCUCUCGACGUGGAGGUGCCUUCAGAGCGACUGGAGCUGCUCCUGCCUCACGUGUUGGAAGAACAAUGGGGCUAUCGGCUCUGUCUGAUGGACAGGGACUUUCUGCCUGGAGGAGCUUACACUAAAGAUGUGGUGAAUGGUCUUCAAAGAAGCCAGAUGUUGAUCUGCCUUCUGUCCGCUGAAUACUUCUCAAACAACAAUGCUGUUUUUGUGCUUGAAUCAGGAUUGCAGGCGCUACUGGAAAACUCCGGCCUCAAACUGCAGCUUAUAUGGACAAACAGGGCCCCAGUUUCCCUGCCACAGCUGAACCCACCACUUCCCGUCAUCAUUCAGAAAGCCUUAAAGGUGCUACCAGCUCUCAAAUGGACUCCCUCAGCCAACACUAACUUCUGGAGGUCUCUGAGGAAAGCCAUGCCCCAUCAAAGACUCUCAUCUCUACAGAAGUGA